UCAGAUUUAGCCUUGGAAUCAAAUCCAUCUGAUCAUCCCAGAGCAAGCACAAUUUUCCUGAGCAAGUCUCAAACAGAUGUGCGAGAGAAGAGGAAGAGUAAUCACAUCAACCAUGUUUCUCCCGGGCAGCUUACGAAAAAAUAUAGCUCAUGCUCAACAAUAUUUAUAGAUGACAGCACGGUCAGCCAGCCUAAUCUUAGAAGCACAAUCAAGUGUGUUACAUUAGCAAUAUUCUACCACAUAAAGAACAGAGAUUCAGACAGAUCAUUGGAUAUUUUUGAUGAAAAAUCCCAUCCCCUCACACGGGAAGAAGUUCCGGAUGACUACUACAAGCACGACCCCGAUCACAAGCACAUCUACCGGUUUGUACGGACGCUUUUCAGUGCUGCCCAGCUGACGGCCGAAUGUGCAAUAGUGACACUGGUUUACUURGAAAGGCUUUUAACCUAUGCAGAGAUUGACAUCUGCCCUAGUAACUGGAAGAGGAUAGUCCUGGGCGCUAUUCUGCUGGCCUCUAAAGUCUGGGAUGAUCAGGCUGUGUGGAAUGUGGAUUACUGCCAAAUACUGAAGGACAUAACUGUUGAGGACAUGAACGAGAUGGAGAGACACUUCCUGGAGCUGCUGCAGUUUAAUAUCAAUGUUCCUGCCAGUGUUUACGCCAAAUACUACUUCGAUCUUCGCUCCCUAGCAGAUGACAAUAACCUGAGCUUUCUGCUGGAGCCACUUAGUAAAGAGAGAGCACAGAAACUGGAGGCUAUCUCCCGGCUGUGUGAAGAUAAAUACAAAGACUUGUCAAAAGCUGCUAUGAGACGAUCUUUCAGUGCUGAUAAUUUAGUUGGUAUCCGCCGUUCUAAUGCCAUCCUCUCCUGAGGAGAGAGAAAGGUGCAGCACCAUGAACCAGCAUCCCUACGCCCCGGAGGAAUCCACCACUCCAUGCACACGAGCCAGCAGUGAUGGUGUCUUCCAGCGAGAGGAGGAGAGCAGGGUAAAACCAGCCAASGGAGCCCAGAGUUUAAGGAGAUUCUCAGUGCAAAAAAUGAGACCUUUGUCAAAUCAAACUCUCCUCCUUUAAAUGUAUCCAGAGGUGCAAAAACAAACUUUUCUCAGUCUCUCCCCCACAGAUGUUUGCUUACUAUGUAGGCCUAUAGCUGUGAACUCCUGAGGUUUUUAAUGAGUAGUUUUAAAUUUUAGAAUUGAAACACUAACAACGUGACUCUAGUUACAAUGUUCUUCCCUCCUCUCCCCUGUCAGCCAGAACUUCGCUGCAUUUGUCCUUCAGGUCAGUGCAGGGUUAACAAAAACAAAACAUGGGACUCUUAACAAAUUAUAAAGCCACUCUGGAGCUGAAAAACUGUAGCAUAGACAAGUGUUGACGGCUUUUCCCUGGUUUGGCUACUAAAAGCUGCUAUUAUUGGUGAUCUCUUCAUAACCAAGAAGCUGCCUAGCAGGAAGGAAUCCUAUCUCUGCACCAACAACUUAACUCCCCUAGAGAUUGUCAAAAAAACUUUGGAUGUUUUGACUGCGAGCAGAGAAAUGGUUUUACGUAUUGUUAAAAUAUAUAGGGUCCAUGCUGCAUUUCUUGUGAAUUAUGGUGCUUCUCUCAUUUUCUGAUACUUACUCUUGCUCUGGAAGAGUUGCAAUCUGUUUAUUUUUGUUUCUGAGACGUUGAAUGAGAAAGUUGGUCUGGAAGCAUCAUCCCCAUGCAGCCAGUGUGGCAGUGCCGUGGUGAGCGGCGUGUGUGCAGCACCGCUUCUCGAGUGCUCCCGCAGAGCUUGUGCUAUGUACAGUGGAGUUCCUACAGCUCAUGGUGUUGUGCAUCCAUCCCACUGCUUUGGGAUUUGUAUUUCCUGGGAGGGAUUUACGUUCAUAACGAGACAGCAGUGAGUUUGAGAAUGCUGAACUACCUACCAGGGUAGAUGGAGAAAUCAAUUGUGUUCAAUUGUGUUUAAUUAUCAACAAUAUUUCCAUAAAACACAGAUUUUUUUUUUUUUUUGAAGUGAAGUUUUGCCUUGUGCAGCUACUCCUCUUGAGGCUUUGGGUUUUGCUCUUUCUGAGGCUUUGGAACGGAGCGCACUUUCAAGGCUCUGAAACUGAGCUCUGAACAGGAUAAGUAUUAUUAAACUCUUCCUGUUCCACAUCUUUGGAAGAUCUUCCCCUCUGGGCUCCAAGCAGCUUCCAGGCUGUGUGUCCUAGGAGCAGGUCUCGCUCAAACUGGCACCGUUUUGGUGCCCUUCC